AUCGGUAAUUCCUUUCAUGUCCUCACCUGUGCGCGCACUACAGCCAUAGGUUGGACAGCACAGACGCAAGCAUUUUGUCAGUUGUUGGAAACAAUUGGAGCGUCCGUGUGCAAAACCGAUUGCUCUAGUUUGUACAAAACAAUUAUUGUAGCGUUUCAGCAAAAUAUCACUAGUCUCCUCCUGUGGCACACUUUGCGGAUAUGGUUUACCUGGAUUUUCAGUCCAGGUUCGGAAAAUAAACUUGAGAGGAACGCAGUGGAAACGCUUCAAAUGGAACGCAUCUAUCAAAUCGGGACCUAAAACUUUUUUUCCAAAAGGGAGUAAGUCCAGUGUGAGGUGGGAUGUCUAGCCGUGAAUCUGUGGGGGACCUGAUCCCCCAGGACCUGGCGGAGGUAUUUGCCCAUGAGAGGCUCACCAAAGGGGGCCGAAGGAAGAAACGUCGGGGCUCCCUGGGCCGGGCAUUCGGCUGGCUCAAAGGGAAGAAGAAGAAGGACGUCAAUGCCAAUGGACAGAGCCAGGACUUUAAUCCAGGCCGGCCGAUGACGGGCAAGACCUUCACACAGGGCCACAGCCAUGCAGUCCCAAAGCAUGAGGAUGGGACUCGCGUCCCUCCACACUUCCAGGAGAAUGUGUUCAUCGAAGGUAGCCGGCCUAAGUACCUGGAGGACCUGCACACUGAGGCCCUAGAGGGACUCAAACUGCAGCAGCAGGAAGAAACCAAUAAUUGGGUGGAUUACCAGGAUGACCAAAGCGUCACAUCGACAGUGACCCGGCUGCCAGACGACACUGAGAGUGACAGUGAGAGGAGAGGCUAUCUGUCAGACAGCACCAUAGCAGACACAGCGUCACAGGUCUCAACACGCUCCACUGUCUCCACACGGUCCUCACGGUCAGGACUGACCCGCCAAGCAUCAACCUUCAGGCCCCUGAAGCCAGAGAAGGCCAAGGCCAGGAGGAGACACAGGAGAACCACAGUUAUGGGGAUACCACAUCACGUCCAGAGGGAACUGGGGUUGGACAGAGCCUCAUGGGCAGGUCGUCAGGUUAUAGAUGAGGGUGGGCUCCCUAACGGUGAGAGUCUGGAUUUCUCCACCAUCGAGGGGCCUCACCUGGCUGGUUCCCAGGAGGGGGUGAGGAAGUACCUCCAGUCUGUAGAAGGCCUGCAACCUGUCUGUGAGGACCAGAUCCAGAAGGUCCUCUCCCGGGCCGGACACAGGGACGACCUGGCUCUCCUCCAGCACAUGGGCCCCCAGCUGUCCGACCUGAAUCGGCCCAAGUCCCUGGCUGUCCCCUGGAUGACCACAACCUCUAGCCUGCUUCAGCUGCACCCCAGCCCUGUCAUGUCCAUGUCCCCCCAGGCCACCUACAUGUCUAAGAUCAUCCCAAACGCUGUGCUGCUACCCUCCAUAGACGUGGUGGAGAUCACCCGGAACCGUAGUCGGAGCAGCGUUCGUACUGUCAGUAAGAGCAGCCUGCUGCUGGCCAGCCCUGCCGCCUCCCGCGCCUCCUCCCGCGCCUCCUCCCGCGCCUCCUCCCGCGCCUCCUCCCGCGCCUCCUCCCACGCCUCUACCAUGUCCUCCGCCUCCCGCUACAACCCACCACACUUCUCUGACAGCUCUGGAUGGAGCCACUCUGAGUCCUCUGAGACCCUGGUGUCUGACUCUUCCACAAUCUCUUCCAACAGCACCACCAGACAGGGGGGCUCACAGGGGGGGGAUGGGGAGGGUUCAUCCAGGGAGACGACCCUGGACAGCAAGAGUAUCCACCCCUCUGUCAGUAAGGCCUCCAGGACCUCCGACACCAACGGCAAAGGGAAAGCCAGAGGGGAUGAUGGCAAACAGGAGGGGCCCUUCGCCCGGAGCAUGUCUGUGAUGAAGUCCAAGAGGGCACCGGCCCCACCCAGCCGCUCCUACUCCCUACACAAGGACAACAUGAAGAGGCACUCGCAAGACCUGAUUAACAGCAUGGUUACUGCCCCUCCCCAAAGCAGCUCAUUCCAGGGAGGGGAGGUUAAGGCUUUCAGUGCUGGGGAAAGUAACAACAGUAGCCCUGGCUACACAGCAGACACCAGCUCUCUGGAUGAGUCUUCAGGCUCUGUGACAGCCAGCCCUUUCAACACCCCACAGCAGGCAGCCAGGGAGAAUGUGAGGAACGAUCAGCCAGGCUCCACAGGCUCCUCUCCCCAGAAACAGACCCCCCAGGAAAAUGGCCUGAAGAAUGUCUCUCCCUCCAGCGGCUACUCCAGCCACGGUGGCACGCCCACCCUCCUUUCCAAACAGACCCUUAACCCAUCUCCAGGGGGAAAAAGAGGCAUCCGAGCAAUCAUCUUCCCAAUGGCACCAUCGCCGGCAGCUUCAGCCCCAUCACUUGUCAUUCAACCCCAGGCCUCUGACAGCAGCAAGACGCCUGAGCCAGUCGACACUGUAACUCCCUCACCUUCAGUCAUGUCACUCAGAGAGCCGUUCAACAUCCCGCCCCCACCCAAGGUGUCUGCCCCCUCUCCUCCUCCCCCGGAGGUAUGGGCACACAACAAGCGCACCUUUGAACUGCUACUAGGUCCCCCGGCCCCCAACAACAUGGAUACGGUGGUGCGAAAGAACCCAAAGGAUCGACGACAGCAGAGGCAGUCGCCUUCCACAUCAAGAGAGGGUUAUGUUAAGAACGUGUCACCUGAGAGGAGAGAUGAGGCAAGAGGUGUGCUGGAGGGGGUCACUGAGCCUCGAGUGAAAGAGCAGACAGGUCCAGCAGACCAGGAAAGGGUACUGUCUUCCAUUGUGGAGACUAGUAAUCCAGCUGCACAUACGUUUGAGUCAGGAAAAGGUCAGGAGAGUGAAGUAGCACAGAAGGUUGAAGAGAGGGCCCAAGGAAGUCAGUUGGGAGUUAAAGAGAAGGUGCAGGGAAGUCAGUUGGUGGUUGAAGAGAAGGUGCAGGGAAGUCAGUUGGUGGUUGAAGAGAAGGUGCAGGGAAGUCAGUUGGUGGUUGAAGAGAAGGUGCAGGGAAGUCAGUUGGUGGUUGAAGAGAAGGUGCAGGGAAGUCAGUUGGUGGUUGAACCAGAGAGGGUCAUUGUAAAUCAGUUGAUAGGUAAACUAGAGAAGGUCCAGACAAGUAAUUUGAUAAAUGGAAAAUCAGUGAACGCCGCAGUAGUUCCAGUAAAGGGCCUAGGAAAAGUAAAGACAGAAAUACAGACUACUACUCCUGCUGCAGCCAAAAAGACUGAAUUCCAACCUAAAAUGGAUACGUCUUUGGUAAGCCCUGCUCUAGCACACAUCUCCCCAUCUCCGUCUCCUCCCCCAGCACACUAUCCUCCCCUUCCCCCUUCCAAACAGACCCCACCUGUGGCCCCCUCAGACUCUAUGCCUGCUCCAGAGCUGCCACUAGUCUCCACCACUGGGGAAUCCUCCUGGCCCCCUCCGCCUUCUCCCAUGGACUUGGCCACCCUUGGCAAUGAGCUUGACCUGCCCAUUCCCCCACCACCAAGGGUAGUUAUGACAGAACUUGUGCCCCCUGUUUCAUCUGUACUACAGGGAAUCCCACCUCCACCCCAGGGUAUCCCACCUCCACCUCCCCAAGAAGCCCCACCUCCACCAAAAGCUCAAUUUGGUCCUCCCUCCUACAUCCCUCCACCUCCCCAAAGUAUUCCACCCCCACCUCCACUGGAAAACAUACAGCAGCACAGUCCAGUGACCACAGAGGGACAGAACCAAGAGAAGUCCCUCAGCAAGAGCUCUUUCUCUCCCACUCCCCCAGAGGAGAGCUCCACUCCCGUGGUAACACCCACCCUUCUGCAGACGGUCAAGCUGAGGUCUGUCAAUAAUGGUGACCAGGAUCAGGAAAAGCACCAGGGACAGGACUGGACAGGGGUCACUUUGAGGGCCAAAAAACCCAGUAACGGUGAGGCUCCCCAGAAGCCUAUUCGAAGGUCUCUGUUCAUGACAUCUCCCCUUCCUACUGUCACAUCCCCAACUACGACUGUUAUCUCACAAUCUCCCAUAGCCCAACCCCCAGAGGCAGCCCCAGCCACAGAGGACACCCCACAGGCAGACCCAGAGCCUGCCACAUUCCCAGAGGUAGCCUCAGCCUCAGAGGGGGCCACAACCCCAGAGGCAGCUGCAGAAACACCUCCAGCCACAGUCCCAGCUGAGGCCCUAGAGGUAGCCACAGCCUUAGCUGAAGCCCCAGCCAAGCCCCAGCCCAGGAUACUUAAUUUACCCUUAAAGUCAUCCAUUGUCACCUCUCCUACGAGGAAGUCACCACCUGCCUCAGCCACCACCCCCUCCAUGAGGAUGCAGGAGGCCAUCCGCUUGAGGACAGCAUCCAGAAGUAAAGAGGGGCCUCCCUCUCGUCUCAGUCUGCACUCUCCAACAAGUCUUAAGUCUCCCUCCUCCACCGCCAGUUUCAUCUUUGCCAAGAGCACAAAGAAGAUUGUCAUAGAGACCCCCUCAUCCCCUGAGGCCCAGGCCAAUCUCACAAAGAACCUGAUAGCUGAGCUUUCAUCUAUGUCCAAUCCAGCCAAGUCCAUAGAAACACAGAAGGUGGUGGUCAAGGUGCCUCCACCUGUGUCAAGGAAACCCAAGCCUAAGGUCAAAGAGACAGAGCCCAGUGUGGAGACUGAGCAUGUGCAAACUGCGGGUCAGGAAGCAUAGCCAGCAGACAGCACUGAGGGUGCCCCAGAGGCUCCAAGCGGGACAGCAGUGCCACCAUUAUCCUCCAUAUGAGCAACACUGCCACUAAACAAGGAUUAAUCAUUCACAAAGAUAGACUUUUAUCUGUACAUUGAGAAGACGCCAUAUGUCAAGCGCAAUAUGCAAGAGGGAGAGAGGUGGAUUUUUUAAAAAAAAGUGAGCGGAUGAUGCAAUCAGAGCCUUCUGAAGACAGGGCAACUGGACAUAACUACAUGUAACCCUCUCACAUAAGAGCUCUGAGUUUGAAAUCCUUUGAGUGCAUGUUAAAAUGGUGUUGGCCUUUAAUUUUUCUAAUACUCUUGUUGUAUUUUGGAGCAUUUUUCUUUGGCAGGGGGACUUACUGGUCUGAUUUAAUAAUGGAGAGUCAGUCACAGUGCAUGCUGGUCUAGGUUGCCCUCUAGUGUCAACUAUGGAAUGUCACAGCUACUGCUGUUGGGUACUGCAAACACUUGUCUGGAUUAUAUACCACAAUGUUGGAUUUUUGAUAUAUUCGUUAUAAGAUAAUGCACAAUUAGAAUGUGUUAAGUUCUUAUUUCAUCCAUGUUUGUAAUAAAAUAAUUGACCUAAAUUAUUUGUCCUGUAGUAGACAUCUUCCCAUUAGAUUUUGUGGGAAAUAUGUUAUUUUAUGUUUUCUAUGUCAAUAUGUGGCGAUCUUUCCUGAUGUCGUCAUAUUUAAUUUUCUCCUUAGCUCCUAAAAUGCUAUAAUCAGAGCUGGGUGAUACCACUAGUUCUAGAAUGAGAAUCAUAUUCAUGAUGAGAAUCCCAAUUUUCAUGGUCAUGUUUUUUUUUUUCUUUUGUUGGUAUGAAUGUACAGACUUUUACAGGAAUCUCACCCUGCGUGUAAAUCAAAUCUCACAGGUUUAAUCUGAAGCACAGUUUAUGAAUUUAACUGGUCAUUUAAAGACUAUUGGGGCAAAUCUUUGUCUUGCUUUUAGUUAUAUCCUGCACAUUUUGAUACGUUUCCUUUCAACCAGAUGGGAGCUAUAUUAUACAUUGCAUUUGUUACUCAUUUGUACAGAAUUUGGGAUAUUUCUCAACAAUGAAACAUCUGCUUUGAAAGUACAUAUUAUUCAGUGAUUUCAAUGAUUGUAGAAAAGUAAUCUGACAUGAUUAUGUAUAGUUUCAUUUAUUUCAAGGUAACAGAAUAAAUGUAUAUCUUCACAAUGAA